CUUUGGCAGCAGACCAGUACAGCAGCAGAGGGCAGUCAAACGAUUUUGAUAUCAAAGGUUUUGUCCAGAAUGCAAACCUUGGAAACUUGGUGCGCUCUUCUCUUGAUCCUCUUAUGUGUCCAUGCAGAUGUUGUAGAACGCUUUGAGGAUGUACCAGAGUGCAUGAGUUACUUCUAUAAAGAGAAGGUGCCAGAAUGGGGAGUUUCUACAAUUGGUGCUGCCCAUCUCUGCCAGCGAUUUGUCAACAGGUACCACUUCGCCACCCUAUAUGACACCAACCACCGCAUUGCGGUCUACUCUGCAUAUCAGUUCCAGCCCAGCAGUGGAGGUGGCAGAGAGACAAGGUGGUUUGUAGAGCCUCAGCUGGUUAACAUUUCCUGGCAAGCAGAGAUGAAGGAUGACUACCGGCUGGGGCAAGACCACCCUGGUGUCUACCUAGGAAAGCGACAGGCUCUGAAUGAGGAUUACACCAACUCUGGCUUUGACCGUGGUCACCUCAACCCCAAUGGACAUCAUGCAGUACCUAGCCGCAACGCCACUUUCACCCUGACUAAUGUGGUUCCUCAGAACCCAAAGCUGAACCAGAAUGCCUGGAGGAUCCACGAGUCCCAGCUUGCUGACCUAUUCCAGGACAAGUGCUCUAAGGCCUAUGUGCUGGUUGGUGCCAUUCCCUCUGCAGACAAUUGGAUUGUCAAAAACAAUGUGAAUCGUGUCAACAUCCCUGAUUACCUGUGGAAUGCCUACUGCUGUGUGGACAACAAUGACAGGCCCAUUCAGAGUGGCGGUGCCACAGCAAGGAAUACAGAGGACAACUGGGUAGAGAAGCUCACUCUGGAUGAACUGGGAGAAUUCUUACAGCAGUUUUCCAGUCGACCAGUAGGGGAGCUGUUUCACAAGAACUGCAGGGCAUAA